AUGGGAGAGACUUCAAAAGUACUAGCCGGACCAGGUGACCACCUUGAUGCUGAGUGGGAGAUGGAGACUGAGCCUACUCUAAGUGCUGCAAAGAAGCCCCAUUCCGGAGGUCCCCUUGCUCUAAUUCUCGCCAACGUCUUCUUUCCGCCCAGCUUCCUUGUCUCCUUCCUGGUGGAUGCACGUGGUGGUUUGUUGGAGUCGAAACGCUAUCCGGGACUGCGUUUCAUCAUUCCACCCAAUGCCUCAAUUGGUCCACUUCGCAUUAUUUGCCGUCUUCUCAGAUAUCCGUCCUACGCUGUGCAACCACCAUUUAAUGAUGGUGAGGGCUUGGCUUGCCGUUUGAUCGAAGUCGGACCUGUGGGAGUUCAUUUCAAUUCGCCAAUUCUCAUUGAAGUACCAUAUUGUGCCUCUGUACGUAACAAUCAGCGCGAAAUAAUUGUCCUACGCUCAGAAAAUGGCGAGAUUUGGAAAGAGCAUCCAGUUGACCCAACCGAUCAAGCUGUUCAAGAUUCACUCGGUCCAUACUUUUGUAGGUUACAUCACUUGUCACCUAUGAAAGCACUCUGGCUCAUCGAUUGUCCAAAUCUCUCCGAGGUAUCUGAGAUGGCCACCCGAGUGUAUCGCGAGGCAAUUGCAGUACCCUAUCUCGGUCGUUUUGUUGUUUAUGGACGUCGCCACCACCCUGAGGAAUCUCACGUUCGUUGCGUUUGUCUCACCGACGACACCGAACAAAAGACCCUUGAAUGCCAGGAGGGUUUUGAGGUCAUCGCUCGCAGUGGUGGUGGUGGCAGUGGUGACGUAGUGGAUGAUUCUGGACUAGUUGAAUUCCUUCACAAUCGAAGCAUAUGGGUUGAGACGGCGGGAAAUUUGGUACCAGUAGCUGGCAUCACUUCUCCCACUUCGCUACCACUUGAGGAGAAUGGUGCACCAUCAGCGGCGGAUCAGCCACGUUUCACGGCUGUGAGGGCUUUUGAGGAGAAUCGGUUGAACACCAUACUACGCAUAAAGGAUAUUAAUUCACCUCCAACUGGUCAAUUGGCAUUUAUGCCACAGCGAAGACAACCAGGAGGUGGUACUGUGAACCCUCUCUGCGUCCUCGAUGUUACGCUUCCACGAAUGGCCCCAAGCAUGAUUCAGGAAUCGAAUGAGAAUAGGCUAAAGGAUUCUGUGGCCAACUUCUUUAAUGCCAUUCCUCAGGAAAAUGACUGUGGUUCCAUUGGUCACCGAUAUGCCAAAUGCCGUUUGAUAGACUCUAUCGCUCGUUCAGAAUUGGACUUGAAGAAAGUGGCCGAAAAUUUGGGAAGGGAUUGGUCACGUGUGGCUCCUUUCCUUGGUCUCUCAGUAGAGGAUAUCAGUAGUAUAAGGGAGAGUGGGGCGGGAAGUGAUUACAAAAUGGCCCUCACUUGUCUCACGCUCUGGCAAGAGCGAAAUGGGUCCACCGCAACUGGAACUGCCUUGGCGCAAGCCUUAAAGAGCGCAGAUCAAGAUAAUGUGAUACGUCAAAGCAUGCAGAAUGUCAGUCUAGUCCAACAAGAUCCCGAGCUUUCUUACGCAUUGCGCAGUCUAGAAACGCCAGAUGUAGCACUCACAACAACCAGUACUGCCGUCAAGGAAGACCCUAUUGAAGAAUCAAUGGCUCUUAAACCCGCAGCUACUGAACCUGUUGCAGUUCCAAUGGAUCACGAAGUCGUUGAAGAAACCAUAUCUCCUAUAGAAAUUUCACAUCAACCCCUUCCAACAUUUGAAUCGGCCACCGAUGCAGAGACAGAAGAGAAUAAAGAAGCUUUAGAAGCUUUGAUUGAACAGUUAGAGGCAGGUAAUGCUAACGAUCUGCCUCCACUUUCUGAUGUUUUGCCUACCGACGUGGCAGUUGAAGAGGAGGAGUUAGUUCCAGUGGUUGCUCACCGGGGAAUCGAAUUAGAGUCAGCAGUUCCAGCCUUUAUCCUGGAGGAGCUUGAACGAGAAGGAACUGGUACCAAUACAUCCUCUCCCUCACACCGUAUCGAGCCUUUAGAUGUCGACGAUAUUGCGACAGCUGGUGAUGGUAUAUUCUCGAUGACAUAUAACCUGGAAGAAUCAAGACCAAGACCAGUUUCAAUGGUCAAAGAGCAACGACUGGAGAAGAGCGCUGUCUCAACGUCCGAUGUUGAUAUCAUGAUUGCAUCUACUCAACAACAACAACAACAACAACAAAAAGAAAUGGAGAAAUCGGAUAGAAAUUCCCCUAUCUUUUGCCCCAAACAACAAAGAAACUCUAGCACAGUUGCGAUGGAAAACUUAAUAAUUCCAGAAGUCUACAAUAGGCGGUCUAUUAGUGUCCAUUCAAAGCCUGAAGAUGGCGAGAGAUCAGCUAACUCAAGUAUUGUGGAUGAUGAAUGCAUAAUUCAUCCGGUGGUUCAACCUCUUUGUGGUUGGAAUGAGGCUACAUGGGGUAAACCUCAAUCACCCCGUCAUUCCCCAAAAGAGCAGCGUUCCAUGUUGCUGGAGGCGAAGAAUAAUGAUGUUGUUGAUGAAUCCAUCAUCAUACCAACAUCAUACCCUCUGUGUGGUUGGAACGAAGCUACAUGGGGUAAACCUCAAUCCCCCCGUCACUCUCCUAGGCAAUCAGUGGUAACAGAGAAUUUUGACGACAACGAUUUCGUCAUCACACCAGUAGCCUAUCCAAUGUGUGGUGUUAAUGAGGCCACGUGGGGUCGACCACAAUCUCCCAGACAAUCAACUCUUGAGACUGAUGCUCCCGAAAUCGCGUCAAGGGCUGUUGAGAGAUUGAGAGAACGGGAAAAGACAGGGGAUAAACCAAAGGAACUGCACAAAUAG